AUGUCGAGCGAUACGGGCCCGCGGUCCUCCUCCGAUGCUCCUCGUCCGCCUCUACAACCUCCCCAACCCUCCUCCCACAACACCUUCAUGUCCACGCUCUCAUACUUCACCGAACCCGUAUCAUACACCGUCAAAGGCCUCGUGAGGAGACUCUCAGAAGACGAAGCACCCACAGCUCUGGCACGAGCUCUCUCCGCCAACUACAACGGCUCCAUGACAGACCCAUCAACAGGCGUCUACCACCCAACGCAAGCACCCAUGCGCCGCAAAUCGCCCUUCCAGCCUCCACCCCUCACACCCCUCACCCUCAACGGCUACAAGAAGAGCACAACAGGCAAAGCCCGCCUGUUACGAAAAGCCGUCGCAGAGGAAAUCCGACUCCUCAUUCCGCCCCGCCUACAACUCAUGGACCACUGGUCCCUCAUCUACUCCCUCGAACAAAACGGCAGCACUCUCUCCACACUGUACUCCCUCUGUGACCAGUUCAGGGGCAAGCGCGGCGGCUUCGUAGUGGUAGUCCGCGACUCCAACGGCGGGACCUUUGGCGCAUACCUCUCCGAAGCACCGAAACCACAACCUCACUACUUCGGCAACGGCGAGUGUUUCCUCUGGCGCGCCUUCGUCCUCCCCGCGAUACCUGAACUCCUCGAUCUCCCGCCUCCACCGAGCGCCGACACAACCCACGCACAGCGGAUGACGACUAUCGGCCUCGCACGCAGCGCCAAUGGCUCCAACGCCUCUCUCGCCUCCCUCAACGUCCCGAACACAAACGGCACGAAUGGACCUAAAGAGACGAGCACACCUGAGCGGAUACGUUUCAAGGCAUUCCCAUACACGGGCGAGAACGAUUUCCAGGUGUAUUGUCAGCAAGACUACUUGAGUGUGGGCGGUGGGGAUGGACAUUAUGGACUCUGGCUGGACCAGAAUUUGAGCAAUGGGGUGAGUGACACGUGUCCGACGUUUGGGAAUGAGCAGUUGAGUGAGGAGGGGAGUAAGUUUGAGGUCAUGGGGGUGGAGAUUUGGUAUGUGGGGAAUUAA